GCUAAUAUCCCACCCUCAUCUAGCUUUUUUCUGUCAUCCCCAGGUUUAUAUAAUGCAGAAGGAUCUGUAGACAUACGAUCUCCUGAAUGUAAACUGAGAUUGAUUUUAUUCUGAGUGGUGUUUAUUUGAGAACGUGCAACGUGAAUGCUCAACGCAAUACUGUGUUACAGGGGAUAAGUCUUUGGGAGCCAAAGUAUUGACACUUAAUUUUUCAAGUAGGCUACCAGAGACGUGGGUGGGACUUUGGAGCUCCUUUUUUUUCUUACUAACAAAGUUGCCGUGACAAAGAAUGGCCAGCAGACGAACUCAUUCUGAAGAUGACCUUUCCUGCCCGGUUUGUGGACAUAUUCUUAGUCAACCAGUGAUCCUCACCUGUAAACACGUAUUUUGUAAAGCCUGUCUAAAAGACAGCUGGGAUACACAGGGGGAUUCGCACCACUGUCCUCUGUGCUGCCGCCGUUCCUCCAUGGAUCAGAUAGUGGUGAGCAAAGCGCUGGAGAAGGCCUGUAAAUCCUUCAGAGAAGACAGAGGCGAGAAUGACCCGGAGGCUUGCAGAGAGCAUGGAGAGAAGCUCACCAUCUUCUGUUUGGAGGACUUGGAGCCAAUCUGUGGUGUGUGCGGCAAGGCAGCUGUGCACAAAGGACACAAGCUCUAUCCUAUAGGGGAAGGGGCUCAGGACUGUAAGGAGGAGCUGAAGAACGCACUCGUGCCCUUGAAAGAGAAGCUACACCUGUACAAAACAGCAAAAGUGGUUUGUGAGGAAAUGGCAGAACACAUCAAGAAGCAAACCGAACACACGGAAACACAGAUUAAAGAAGAAUUUGAAGCCCUUCACCGGUUCCUGAAUGAGGAAGAAGCUGCUAGACUGUCUGCUCUAAAGGCUGAGGAAGAUCAGAAGAACCGGAUGAUUAACCAAAGAGUUGAAGAUAUGGACAAUGAAAUAUCAUCUAUUUCCAACACUAUCAGAUUAGUGGAGCAGGAUAUGAGAAAUCAAGAUGUCCAAUUUCUUAAGAAUUACAAGGAAACAAUUUCAAGAACCUGGCAAAGUUAUCCUGCGCCAAAAGUAAUAUCUGGUGCUCUGAUUGAUGUGGCUAUGCACUUGGGGUCCCUGAAAUAUAACGUGUGGGAGAAGAUGAAGAAAACAAUAAAUUACACUCCAGUGAUUCUGGAUCCCAAUACGGCAGCAGGCUGCUUCAUUCUCUCUAAGGAUCUCACAGUCGUACAGAACUCUACUCAGAUCUUCAAGCUGCCAGACAACCCAGAACGCUUUGACAUCAGUGCAGAGCUGCUCGCAGCGGAAGGCUACUCCUGUGGGCGCCACACCUGGGCGGUGGAGGUGAACGCCAACACCUACUGGGUGGUCGGCGUGGCCAGCAAGUCCAUCAGCAGGAAAGGUAAGCACGUCCUGACCCCGGCAGAGGGAUUCUGGACCGUCAGGUUUCGUAAUGGAGAGCACAAAGCCUGCACGGCGCCGUGGGAGCCGCUCAACAUGACUAAGAAGCCGGAAGUGAUCAGAGUAGUUUUAGACAUGGACAGAGGCAAGGUGACCUUUUAUGACCCAGAUGAGAGAUCGCCCCUCUACACUUUCAUAAACAUUGUUGCACCUGAAGUCUUUCCCUACUUUUGCACUGCUUGUAAAGAACAUCCACUGAAGCUCCUACCAACGAGGAUUUCUUUGUCAACUGACCGUUAAUUCAUCUUGUGGACAGAUUUUCUGCUUUCUUUCCUUUUUUUUUUUGCUUUUUGAUGAAUGAUGACUAUAUCCAAAGUUAUCAUAUACUGUGAACAAAAUUGUGCCUGUGAAUUGUUUUAAUAAAUGACAAAACAAAAGCAUUUUGAAAUAUUUAAUUCAAUUUACAACAAAAGAAGUGUACUGUAAGAUUGCAAUUCACAAUCCCUGACACCUAUAUGCAUAUAUUACUACAUUAAUAAGAUUUGUUACAUAAAAUGUCACAGCUUUGCCUGACACAGAAUCACUACUGUAAUAUCCACAUUCAUUUGAGCUUCUCUUCAUAAAAAUCACGUGACAGAAAUGGAGUUUCAUAAAAGGCACAAACAGUAACAAAGUGUUUAUUUGCAAACCAGUGUCAGCAUUGUUUAUAGCUUCAAACCUGACAAGUGGGAUUAGUUUUCCAUUGCAUUAAAAUUCUUAAUAGAGUGUAUGGUUAGAGUUUAAACUACUCAAGACUGCAUUGUGAAGUCUGGUCUUGCAGCCUCAUUCUAAACUGCAGUAAAGCCUACACAGAAUUAACCUCGCAGCAUACAGUAUUUCCUAAACGGGUACAUUUCAGG